AAACUUUCGGGCCGCAUUCAGUCCACAACAGUCUCGCCGGAGUGACAGACUACAGGACAGUCAUGUUUUAUAUAUAGAGAUAAAGUUUUUUUUUUUCUUAUAUGAAGUGUCUCAUUAACUGUUCUUGGUGAUUUUAUUCGUGAUUUCUGUGACCGACUGUACCUGCGAUACUUUGGUGUUUGUUUAGUGGUGUAUUUUUUUGUUGCGUGUACUUUUUUUUGUGUGUGGAAUUAGCAUAAUGUGGCCGCCACGACUCCUGCGGUGGACGCUCACCGUUCUGCUCGUCAUUGCUGUCAUCACGCCCACCUCAGAUUCCACCAGUGUACGCAGAAGAUUAAGAAAGCCGAGCAAGGUGUCCACAUCAGUCACAACCAGCGUAUCAAGGUCCACGGAUCAGGUGAUAUCGGCUAGCGUGAACAGGCCAAAAAUACGUGGUCGGCCAACCAUUGCGAGCCGCAAGUCUUCUGCCGCGAUAGACAACUCAGUUGGCACUGAUGACCAUAAAGACAAAGAUGGAUACAAGAUCGUCUGUUACUACACAAACUGGUCCCAAUACCGGACGAAGAUCGGCAAGUUCGUCCCCGAGGACAUCUCACCCGACCUGUGCACCCACAUCAUCUUCUCCUUCGGCUGGAUGAAGAAGGGCAAGCUCAGCUCCUUCGAGACCAAUGACGAGACCAAGGACGGCAAGACUGGGUUGUACGACAGAAUCAACGCGCUGAAGAAAGCUAACCCUAAGCUGAAGACUUUGUUGGCUAUUGGCGGCUGGUCAUUCGGAACGCAGAAGUUCAAGGAGAUGUCAGCGACUCGCUACUCGCGCCAAACCUUCAUCUACUCGGCUAUCCCCUACCUGAGGGACAGGAACUUCGACGGUCUGGACAUCGACUGGGAGUACCCCAAGGGCGGCGACGAUAAGAAGAACUUCGUACUGUUGCUUAAAGAACUCCGCGAAGCAUUCGAAGCAGAAGCGCAAGAAGUCAAGAAGCCCCGUCUCCUCCUCACCGCUGCGGUGCCUGUCGGACCCGACAACAUCAAGAGUGGAUACGACGUACCUGCUGUUGCUAGCUACCUUGACUUCAUCAACGUGAUGGCUUACGAUUUCCACGGCAAAUGGGAGAGAGAGACCGGCCACAACGCUCCCCUGUACUCUCCCUCUUCUGACUCGGAGUGGAGGAAACAGCUCUCCGUUGACCACGCCGCCCAUCUGUGGGCGAAGCUUGGAGCACCUAAAGACAAACUUAUUAUUGGCAUGCCGACGUAUGGACGAACCUUCACUCUGUCCAACCCGAACAACUUUAAAGUGAAUUCCCCGGCCAGCGGCGGUGGGAAGGCGGGCGAAUACACCAAAGAGGCCGGCUUCCUUGCGUAUUAUGAGGUUUGCGAGAUUCUAAGGAACGGCGGAGCUUACGUAUGGGAUGACGAGAUGAAAGUGCCAUACUGCGUUCACGGUGACCAGUGGAUCGGCUUCGAUGACGAGAAAUCAAUCAGAAAUAAGAUGAGAUGGAUAAAAGACAACGGCUUCGGUGGUGCCAUGGUGUGGACGGUGGACAUGGAUGACUUCUCCGGAUCUGUGUGUGGUGGGGAUGUGAAGUACCCCCUCAUUGGUGCUAUGAGGGAAGAACUACGCGGUAUAUCUCGCGGUAAAGACGCCAAGGACGUGGACUGGGCUUCAGUAGCUUCCACCAUCGUCAUCGAAGAAGAAGUGAAGCCUGAACCCAUCAAGAUCAGCCUGUCAGACGUCCUCAGCAAGAUCAAGAAGCCAACUAAAAUCAACCGCAUUAUUAAGAACAACGCGUUAGCUGCUGUCGACAAAUCUAGACGUGAUCCCUACAUCCUCUGCUACCUCACAUCCUGGUCAGCAAAACGGCCGAGCGCUGGAAGAUUCACGCCCGAAAACAUUGACCCGACUCUCUGCACACACGUCAUCUACGCCUUCGCCACUCUGAAAGACCACAAACUUGCUGAAGGUGACGACAAAGAUGCCGAUAUGUAUGACAAGGUCGUCGCUUUGAGAGAGAAGAACCCUAAUUUGAAGGUUCUGCUUGCUAUCGGCGGCUGGGCGUUCGGCUCCACUCCCUUCAAAGAGCUGACCUCCAACGUGUUCCGCAUGAACCAGUUCGUGUACGAAGCCAUCGAGUUCCUGCGGGACUACCAGUUCAACGGCCUGGACAUCGACUGGGAGUACCCGCGUGGAGCAGACGACCGCGCCGCUUUCGUCUCUCUUCUGAAAGAGCUGCGACUGGCCUUCGAGGGUGAGGCCAAGACAUCCGGACAGCCUCGACUGCUCCUCUCAGCCGCUGUGCCAGCAUCGUUUGAAGCUAUCGCCGCCGGAUACGACGUUCCUGAAAUUUCCAAGUAUUUGGAUUACAUCAACGUGAUGACGUAUGACUUCCACGGGCAGUGGGAGAGACAGGUGGGCCACAACAGUCCCCUGUUCCCCCUGGAGACCGCCACCAGCUACCAGAAGAAACUCACCGUGGAUUACUCAGCUCGCGAAUGGGUGCGGCAAGGUGCUCCUAAAGAGAAGCUAAUGAUCGGUAUGCCGACCUACGGACGGUCGUUCACUCUCGUCAACGAGACUCAAUUCGACAUCGGCGCCCCAGCGUCUGGUGGUGGCGCUGCCAGCCGUUUCACGAACGAAGCCGGCUUCAUGUCGUACUACGAGAUCUGCGACUUCUUGCGCGAGGACAACACCACGCUGGUGUGGGACAACGAGCAGAUGGUGCCCUUCGCGUACCGCGGAGACCAGUGGGUCGGCUUCGAUGACGAGAGGUCACUGAAGACCAAGAUGGCGUGGCUCAAAGAAGAAGGUUUCGGAGGCAUCAUGGUGUGGUCAAUCGACAUGGACGACUUCAGAGGAUCGUGUGGUACCGGAAAGUACCCGCUCAUCACUGCUAUGAAACAAGAGCUUGGUGAUUUCAAGGUCAAGCUUGAGUAUGACGGACCCUAUGAAUCUUCGAAUCCUAAUAGUCAAUACACGACGAAAAAUCCCAACGAGGUCACCUGCGAAGAGGAAGACGGCCACAUAUCCUACCACCCCGACAAAGCGGACUGUACCAUGUACUACAUGUGCGAGGGUGAGAGAAAACACCACAUGCCGUGCCCACAGAACCUGGUCUUCAACUACAAUGAGAACGUUUGCGAUUGGCCAGAGAACGUCGAAGGUUGUCAGCACCACACUCAGGCUCCCGCAGCUAGGAGAUAAGGAUAACUUUAGAAUAGUGUCUAGUAUCUAAUCCUCCCUUGAUAUUCGACUAAAAUACCAUCUAUAAAUUGAUAUACGGCUUAGGUUAUUUUAACUGUUAUACAUACAAUGAUUACCAUAAUUUAGAUCAUAGAUUAACUUAACAGUUUUUCUAGGAGUCUUCUUACUUUGUUUCUUGCGUAAAUCUUUGUUUGGAUUAGUUGAUUUAAUUUGUAUUUCAAAAGAGUUUUAUUACACUGCUUACAAAUUAGCUAUCAAGGUUAAGCUAAGUUUUAGUUCAUACAAAAUCAGUAGCCGUUAAAAUAACCUCAAGAUGUCGUUUUCAAAAUACUCAUUUUAACACACUCCGUCCAUAAUCGAUUAAUUUUUAAACUAAAAACCACCUAUAUCGACCUUUGUAGGGCCAUAUUGAAUAUGUUUAUAUUUAUUGGUCUUAAAUGAUUUCGUAGCCUUUUCAUGUAACGACUUAUUUCUACACUGAAGUUUUUAAUGUAAAGUUUUAUCAAGUUCUCCAAACGAGCCAAUUGCAUGUUUGAAAAGUUAUUUUGCAAAGCGAUCUUUAUCUUUUUUGUUAUUGAUGAAGAGUUUAAUGUUGACAUGCAACUCUUAUUCAACAACAUAUUCUUGUUCAGUCUCGUUUAUCUAUACAGUUAUUAUUUCGUGAAUUACUUUGGUCGCUAGUUUAGUUAGAGUUUUAAGCAUAACAAGGUCGUCAUAUGUAAAGGCUCUUAUAUCAGCACUAGAUAUCGGAUGAUAGGGUUCGUGUGAUAUAAUGUAAAUUUUUUAUAUAACAUUAUUGGUAUUUGUAUGUAGAUUUAUUAUAACAAGCCUUUGCGAUAACUUAGCACCAAAAAUUAUUAUGAAAAUUGUGUUACACCUAUCGAAAAUUAAGUUAUUCAAACAGCUAUCUUAUGCUAAAUAUAUUUAGCUUUAUUUAGUUGUAUUUUACUUAAAAUAACAUAUUGAUUGUAUUGAUAUUUUGCUUAAAUUUAAAAUUAUCUCGAUCUUCAAGUUAUAUAUUUAUCAAGUGAAUUGCAAUUCGAAGUCUAAAUUAUCGUCAUUGGCUUGUAUUAAGAUUUUUCUCCCAAAGGUGCACAAAUGAUUGAUAUGAAUAUUGGAAUGCAUCAAAAUAUCGAACAAUUUUAAUUUAAUUUUUUCGAAAAUAAGAAGACCUAAAAAUUGUUGAUUGGUCUUCGCUUCACCGCAUUUCAUCUAAAUUUUUCGUUUUUUAUAUUGAGUCUCACAUACAAUGGUAGAUCAUCAAUUUGGCAAUUUUAAUUUUUACAAAAUUAUUAAAACUUUAAAGAAUCUUUAAUUAGUCGUUAAUCUACAAACUUCAUGCAAAUGCCAAAUGAGAAUGGAAGUGAAGAAGCACGAAUAACCUAAUUGGAUAAAUUCAUUUCUAUGUUAUAAAAUUUGAUACAGUUUAGAUUAGUAGAGAAAGUUUAUGAGAAAUAAUUUAAGUUUAUCCUUAUAGUGGGAUCAUCAAAUUCAUCAUCUUGUGUGCCUUUGUGAUAGUUAUAGUAUUUAUUAGUUGUAAAUUUAGUUUCUUCAAGCUUUUUAUAAUCAAUACUCAAAUCAGCAACGACACUGCCUAAAGCUGUCUCUACAUUACUGUAUCGAUUUAGAUGAAAUAUAUCGACAGUAACGAAAUUUGUGACAAUAUUACGUAUAAUGUAGGAAUUAUAUAUUUUGUUUAUAAGUAGGAAAAAUAAUUUAAGGUUUUUGUAAAUAUUGUAUUUAGAUACAAAAAAGAGAUGUAAGAGUAUUAUUAAAAACUUUUGUAAAAUAA